AUGCCUGCAAAGAUGCCCGUCAACUACCCCUCCGACUCGGAGACCAUCGACAAAGAAGUCCACACCGAGUCUGGCUACGUGAGUGGCAGCUCGAGUGAAGACUAUCUCCCAGAGAUUGUGUUCACCAAGCCUCACCUUCGCUUCCUCAACCGUCAGCUUCAAUUCCUUGAGCCCCAAGAAGUCUUGAGAUGGUGCAUCACGUCUCUGCCUCACCUCUUCCAAACUACAGCCUUUGGUCUUACUGGCCUUGUCACCCUCGACAUGCUGUCAAAACUGAAGAUCCCCCGACCUCAGAUGGUCGAUCUGAUCUUCCUCGAUACCCUGCAUCACUUCCCUGAGACCCUUGCCCUUGUGGAACGGGUCCGCAAGACCUAUCCUUUGGUCAACAUCCAUACCUACAAGCCAGACGGGGUGGAGACUGAGGCAGAGUUCAGCAGGAAGUACGGUGCUCGUCUGUGGGAGACUGACGACGAGACCUACGACUGGGUUGCCAAGGUUGAGCCCGCCAACCGUGCGUACCGCGAACUCAACGUGCACGCCGUGUUGACUGGACGCCGCCGCAGCCAAGGUGGCAAGCGGGGAGACUUGGACAUCAUUGAAGUCGACGAAGCUGGCCUGAUCAAGAUCAAUCCCCUGGCCAACUGGAGCUUUGAUCAGGUUAAGCAGUAUAUCCAGGAGAACAAUGUUCCCUACAACGAACUUCUUGACCGCGGCUACAAAAGCAUCGGUGACUACCACUCCACCCAGCCUGUCAAGGCGUCCGACGAUGAGAGAUCGGGUCGCUGGAAGGGUCAGCAGAAGACUGAGUGCGGCAUCCACAACCCUCGCUCCAGAUACCAACAAUAUCUCAUGGAGAUGGAGCGUAAGCGCCAGGAAGAGGCUCUUACCAGGGCUCUGCAGACUCAACUCACUGUCGAAUGA